AUGGACAUCAAGCCAGAGACAGAUGCCAAAAUGGAGGCCAUGGCUCCUGUUGAAACUGAGACUGGUGCUCUGCGGCCACCUCCUGUCGCUGUGUCCUCGGUGGGCGUCAGCCCCGAGAACUUUGCCAGGGUUUGUCAGGAACACGUUGACAAAUUGCUUGCCGAGUUUGGAGGGCCCACGCAAUACCUGCAAGCAAGGUAUGCCGGCCCGGAAGAAGUGAAGGGCUUUGCAGAUCAACUUGAUUUGGAGUUUCCACCGGACCCGGCUAUUGCAUAUCAUGCGGGCCCGCUUCCAACUGAUCCAGACCGGCUGGUACCCUUGCGACUGAAAGAUCUGGGUUUUGGGAGCCGCUGCUCGAGCAAACCUUUGCCGUUCAGGUUGACGGCCAAGCAGCUCAUCGACGAGUACUUGACCAAUAACUUUAUCAGUCGCAGUGACCCCAUCCUGCUGGUGGAGCGCCCUGAUGCCUUUGACUACUUUUGGACGAACUAUGUCAAGGGCGCAGCCCGUUCUGCGACCUUGCUGAUGUUGGCUUCUGUGGUGAUGGAGCAGAGCUGGGAUUUGUCCAUCCUGAAUCCUGCUCUUCAAGCGUCCAUGGUGACAAUUUUUGCCAGGCAGGAGCUGAUGAUUGCUGAUUCGGAAGCGGUUGCGUUUGCCAACCCCCGCUUGAGUGCACGUGGCUCCAUCCGCCGUGCUCAUUGCACUUUGACCUGGCUAGGUGUCUUCCAGGCGCUGCAAAAGAGUGGGCUCUCGGCUCCAGAGGUUUUGAAGAGGUGGAACCAACAAGCCACUUCAGCAUCUCAGGUGACUGGGAUGAGAAGGGUGGCUCUGCUCAACUUGCUUGGCAUGAGCGCAGAAAUCGUUGACGCCCUGCUUGCCCAUUUGAGCGCUCAUGCUGGGUCCACUGCCUUCCAGGAGGAUGCCUUUGCUAACAAAAGGCUUGUCAUUGGAGCUGCCCCGAGAACCAGCUCAAAGGAGUGGAACCAACGCUUGUGUGUCACCUCGGAAGGCAUGCUUAUGAUGAUCCGGUUCAUCAGCCACGCCCAUGAGCGGAAGUUGCCUGGCGCACGCUGCAAAUACGACAAGCCUUCCUUGGAAGAGGCCCUGAACAUGUCACAGCUCUUGGUGAGCGCCUUGACAGAAGCCGCCCAGCAGUCUUCCAAGUGGACAUGUUCAGACUUGCCCACCAUUAAGAAGCUGAUUUCAGAGCAUGUGUCGGAGUCCCACGCGCACUUGCAAAAGCUUGGCAAGAACACGGCGGUGGAAGCUGCAGCCCUGGAAAGACAAGAGUUUGACUUGGUGAUGCAAACUUUGGACCAUGAUCUUGAUGUGUGGAAGGCGCACUUGACCCGAAGCAAGGAUAGACAAGCCGCCGUGCAUUUUCAACUCAUGCAGCACCGGCAGAAGCGUCUUUCGGCCUCCAAGGAGCUGGCUGACGAGCAAAUCGACCAAGUGACCGCCCUUAUGCCUUUGGACACCGCUCAGGAGACCUUCAAGCUUGUGGAAACCAAGGUGAAGCAGAUCUGCCAAGUUCAACAACUCAGCGAUCCCAAUCAGAUCCAAACACUGGUGGUGCUGAAUUGGGCGGCUCCAUGCUUGUUCACGGCUGAGCAUCAGAGGAAUUUGAUCCUGCCUGGCCUCUUGCUUUUGCCUGGAGAUUGUGACGCUGGCAAGGCCACCUAUCUGCGCUGGAGGAAAUCGCCUGUCUUCGCACGCGGCCUGCUCGAGGAAAGUGAGCUGGUCCACGCGAAGGACAUGCUGAUUGUGGAAGAUCUUUCUGAUGUGGCCCUGCCACACACCACCGAGAUUGGGCCUGCAGGUGGCAGGUCUUUGCUGAAGGCUUUUUUUGGCGGUGGCCAAAAUGAUGGAGAUCGUAAGGCCCUCCUGGUCAUUGAUCUCACCCCUCACACUGGGGAUCUGCUUCGGGCUUUCUUGUCGGAGCAUUGCGCCCAAGCCUUCCCUGCACCGGCCUACUACUAUGGUCUGACCGUGGACGAGAGUCACGCUGAUUGGCUGCGUGCUCUUGCUUCUGGCUUUUUGUCGGAGGGCUUCCUCAAAGUUGAAGGCUCAACGGAUCUGCCCUUGCCUCCUGGAACCGCCUUGCCACCUGCUGAGAUGCCAGCUGAAUUGAUGCAGGCAUCUCCUGAGCCUCCAAAUUUGAAUUCCCGGGUCAUCACAGACAAAAUCAAGGUGGAUGGAUUGGCCACUGCCAAGGUCCCUGACAAGUUAUUGGAGAGCUGGCAUGACCAUCAGCGGUUUGGGUCUGAAUUCCGAUCGUGGUUGGAAAAGGCCCGUGUGUCUGAGAACUUGAUCGAUGUCCCCCCAGAAAAGGCCGAUGCCAAAGGUGCCAAUGAUAAGAAACGUACCAUUGGAGGCCAAGGUGGAGGAUCGACCAAAGCUGUCAAGGUAGAGGCCCCUUCCAUCCAGAUUGAUGCGGCCAACAGCCCUGCUUGGAGCCCCAGUUUCAUCGCUGCGGAGGAGCUUCCAUCCCCACUUCAUCAUGAAGCAACGCUUCCUGGACAAGGCCGCGGACGCCCUGGUGCUAUGGAUUUUCCUCACAAUCGCACCACCGUGGACCAAGUGAUUCCGCCUGGCACAUGCUUGGCUGGUUUCUUCAAGGGUUGCUGGUGGCAUGAUGGUGGCGAUGCUACCCGAACUACGAAAAAAAGCAAAACUCCAGGAACUCACAAGGAGGUGGAUGAAAGAAAGGACAUUCUUUUCACCUUGGAAUCCUCCAAUGAUUUGAUUCAGGUUGGACCUGGCUUGGUGACCCUGGGCCAAUCAGUGGCUGAGAAGCAGUCGUCCAUGCCCUCUGUCAAGGUGGCUUACCACACCAUCAAAGAGAGUCCGACCGCUGCGAACCCUGCUUUCUUCAAGCUCACUCGAAACCAUGACAUGUACUUCCAGGUUGGCGACAUCAAGAUUGAAGAUCUUUGUAUGCAUGGGCUUUGUCGAAGAAACAAAUUCCGGGCAGUCGAGGAAAAAAAUGGUGAGAAACAGAAAGUCCUACCGCUGCACCACUUGGCUGGAUUGGUGCCUUGGCAUGUGUGGGAAGGCCCGGCAAGCCACAUCGUCUGGAAUGUGAAAUGGAGCGCGACCAAAGGGCUUUUGCCGGUGCGCCCCGUGGUGCUGAGCAAGUGUGAAAUCAAGCUUCCUGCUGGGAAGGCGGUCGAGAUCAGUGGUAACGCCAAGGGGAAUUCUGAGGCGGCUGCAUGA